AUGCCUCGGGGUCAGAAGAGUAAGCUCCGCACGGGCCGCCAGGCCCAAGAUGACUCCCAGAGUCACAGGAGAGUUCAGGCCACUGCAGUAAUAGAAGAACCCCCCUCCUCCUCUUCUCCUGUUUUGGAAGAUAAUCCCCAGAGUUCAUCAGCUACUGGGUCAAACAGCACUUCUCAGGGGUCUUCAAAAGCCCCAUCUACUACCAUCACUUCUUCAAGUACUUCUGACACAAGGUCUGAUGAAAAUGAUAACAGUCAAGAUGAGGAACAUCCAUGUUCCUCUGGUGUCUCACCUUCUACUGAGAGCACAUACAGUGAUACUCUAACUAGUCAGAUGGAUUUGUUGGAGCAGUUCCUUCUGCACAAAUAUAAAAUGAAGCAGCCCAUUAUGAAGGAAGACAUGCUGAAGAUUGUCAACCAAAAGUACCAAAACCGAUUUGCUGAGAUUCUCAAGAAAGUCUCUGAACGCAUUGAGGCUGUCUUUGCAGUUGACUUGAAGGAAGUCGACUCAACCAUCCACUCAUAUGACCUUGUCAGCAAACUGAAACUCCCCAACAAUGGGAGGGUGUGUCCUGGUAGGGGGUUACCUAAGACCGGUCUCUUGAUGACAGUCUUGGGUGUAAUCUUCAUGAACGGCAACUGUGCCACUGAGGAAGACAUCUGGAAAUUCCUGAAUGUGAUGCGAGUAUAUGCUGGGAGGAAGCACUCCACCUAUAGGGAGCCCAGGAAGCUCAUCACCAAAGAUUUCGUGAGGCUGAAGUACCUGGAGUACCGCCAGGUGCCUAACAGUGAUCCUCCACGCUAUGAGUUCCUGUGGGGCCCGAGAGCCCAUGCUGAAACCAGCAAAAUGAAAAUCUUGGAAUUUUUGGCGAAGUUCAGCAAUAUGGUUCCCAGUGCCUUCUCAUCACAAUAUGAAGAAGCUUUGCAAGAUGAGGAAGAGACAGAUCGAGCCAAAAUUGCAGCCAGGCCUGGAAAUACUGUCACUUAGGCAUGUUCCAUGGCCACGUCCAGCAGCUUCUCCCAGUGUCCACAUCUUCUGACCUCCUGUAUACACUCCUUCCUGCUGUCCUUGACCAUGCCUCAGAGUCAGAAGAGUAAGGUCCAUGCUGGUGAUAAACGCCACCAGGCCGGAGGUGAGACCGAUUGUGGGGGUGCCCAGGCCAUAGCAGCAGCAGAAGAGGAGUCCACUACCACCUCCUCUCCUCAGUGUGGAGGCAUUACCCAAAGUCUGCCUGCUGCUGGGUCAUGUAGCACUGCCCAGGAGCCUCAAAGAGCACCAACUACUACCACUACUUCUGCAGGCAUUUCUUACACGAGAUCUGAUGAAGCUUCCAACGGCCAACAUGAGGAUAGGGCAAGUGCCUAUGAGGUCCCACCCUUCACUGAGAGCUCAGGAACUGACUUUUUAACCAGGAAGGCUGGGUUGUUGAAGCAGUGCCUUCUGUACAAGUAUAAAAUGAAACAGCCCAUUAUGAAGGAAGAUAUGCUGAAGAUUGUCCACCAAAGCUACCACGGCCAAUUUGCUGAGAUUCUCAAGAGAGCCUCUGAGCGCAUUGAGAUAGUCUUUGCAGUAGAUGUGAAGGAAGUCGACUCAACCAGUCACUGCUACAAUCUUGUCAGCAAAUUGAAACUUCCCAACAAUGGGAGGGUGCGUGGUGGAAGGGGGUUACCCAAGACCGGUCUCCUGAUGAAUCUCCUGGGUAUGAUCUUCAUGAAGGGCAACUGUGCCACUGAGGAAGACAUCUGGAAAUUCCUGAGUAUGAUGCGAGUGUAUGCUGGAAGGAAACAUUUCAUCUAUGGGGAGCCCAGGUAGCUCAUCACCAAAGAUUUAGUGAGCCUUAUAAGAUAG